AUGCCUGAUAUUAUCAUUGUCAAUGACAAUGCAUCCUUUUCUUCGAGUGACACCUUCUCUACCCGAGAUUCAAUAGAGCAGCCCCGACCUCAACUCCGCCGGAAAAGCACAGUCGUCCAGCUCACAAGAAAAGUGUCUAAGAGGAUAUCCCAGUCAAUCCUUCGAACGGGAUAUCAAGAGCAUGAACUAAGCGAAAGAAACCUCAGAGAUCUCAACAACGCAACACAUACUGCACCCAUCACACACACACCAGAGCGCGAGCGCCAACUCCACGGAGUAAACCUACGCGGCGCUAUCCACGAGCACAUUGAAGAGGAAUGUCCUCCCGUGGAUGUAGAGGCGGUACGAGAAAUGCGUCUUCACGAGUCAUACGCCGCCUUCUGCCAUAAUUUCACACUAUCAGGAAAUACCAGAAUGAGCAGACGCUUCCACUUGUCCAUGGGACUAGAAAGGGCAGAUGAAAACGUCCAGCCUGAUCCAACACACCAAAUACGAGAAAAUGAAAUCAACGACUCUGAAUUUCCGGGAUCUCAUACCAAUCCCGAACCUACGGUCCAUUCACGGCCCAGACCAACUGCCGUCGUGUUCCCAAUAUCAGACACAUCUAUAGAUCGCAACAACACAUCCACCUCACAAUCAAUAGCAACUGAGAAGCGAGCACAAACAUGGCCAAAUCCAAUACCCCCAAAGGCUGAAGAAGACUUUACCAGCAUUCGUUCAAGUUUCGAGAUAAAUCGCAACAAUUACCCACACCCACCUCCCCAGGUCAUCACACCAACUGUCUGGAUGGAUCAGCAGCGCGAGGAACAGAAUCGCAAAGCAGCCCGACGACAGAGGAUGCUCAAUCCGUUCCGCUCGUGGUUUCUGGCGAGUCAGCCCUCGUGGGGACGGAGGUAUGAAGUUGUCGAAUAA